CCGAAAAGAGCCGAAGAUCCCAUCACGAGUUGGCGUUCAACAAGAAAGUAAACAAGCAACGGCCGCUUUUUAGGCGACUGAAAAGGACGUGCGGCUGCUGCGUUAAGCGGUCAUGACCAUGGACGUGACUUUUUUGGGGACGGGCUCGGCGUACCCGUCCCUUCACCGCGGCGCCUCGGCUUUGGUGCUCCGCAGCGAGGGCGACUGUUGGUUGUUUGACUGCGGGGAAGGGACGCAGACUCAGCUGAUGAAGAGCCACAUACGAGCCGGUCGCAUCAGCAAGGUCUUCAUCUCUCACCUUCACGGCGACCAUCUGUUCGGUCUUCCGGGCCUCCUCUGUACCAUCAGUCUCAACUUGACCUCCGACCCCCAGCCUGGCGUCAAAUGCGUGGACGUGUUCGGGCCCCGCGGCCUCCGCCAUUUCUUGCGGGUGACGCUGGGCCUGACCGGCUCGCAGUUGCUCUUCCCUUACGCCGUUCAUGAACUGGAGCCCACACAAGACCAAAGUCCAGAGGAGGGUCAGCUCAGUCUUGAGAUGACCACAGAGCGCGGUCCGCCGCUCCCUCAGGAGCAUCCAGGCAGAAAUAUCUCAUUGGACGUCUCGUCCGACGCUUACUUGCUGUUUGAAGAUGACAAGUUUGUGGUGAAAGCCUUCAGGUUGUUCCACCGCGUUCCCUCUUUCGGAUUCUGCGUCCACGAACGCGACCGACCUGGAAGGCUCAAGACAGAACGACUCCAACAACUCGGCCUGAAGCCGGGUCCUCUGUAUGGACGCCUCAAAGCGGGUCACCGGGUUCAACUGGAAAACGGGCGAGUCAUUUUACCAGAUGAGGUUGUGGAAGAGAACAUCCCCGGGAGGAAAGUUUGCAUCCUGGGGGACUGCAGCUCUGUGCCGGGCGGCGGUCUCGCCAUCUGCCAGGGGGCCGACCUGCUGGUCCACGAGGCCACCCUGGGGGAAGCGCAUCGGGACAAGGCGGUGGAGCACGGGCACAGUACGCCCAGGAUGGCGGCGACAUUGGCGCGAGCCUGCGGGGCUCGGAGGUUGGUCUUGUAUCAUUUCAGCCAAAGGUACAAACCUGAAAAACUGCGCGGCGACGGAGACGACGACGUCUCGGAGCUCCGACUUCAGGCCGAAGAAGUUCUGCGCGACGCCGAUGUGGAAGUCAUUCUGGCCGAGGACUUUCUCACUAUCGACAUUCCUCUUCGCCGAACUAAAUCGUCGACGUGAGAACGAUUCCAAUCUCGAAAGGCACGAGCGGCUGAUUUGAUGAGGAACACAAACGUGUUCUUCAAGAAUAAAGCUGACUUCUGAUUGACAUUUUCAGAAAGUCACUCGGACAAAAA